UUUUUUUUUGUCUGCGAGGGGUGGAGGUUGAACUUUCUAAUUAGGCGGAGCUUUUUCUUUUUUGUGUGAGAAAUUGGAAAAGGAAACUAAAUCAAAAACGAAUAACGAAAAUACAUUAGGUCUUUAAAGUAUUGGAAGGGAUGUGGCGUUUAUUUGCCCAGCGACAUGACGGAGCAUAAAAAGAAGUUGCGCUGAGGCCGCAGCUUGUGUUUGCGAGUUCUACUAAAAAGCCCGAAAAACGCAUUUACUGUUUUACGCACACUGUCGCAAAAGUCACCCCCUCAGAUUAAUAGAGAAUGAGCUGGAUAUUUUCCACAUCUAAAAGUUCGGGACCUCUUCCACCGCUUACAACUUUACAGCAGCAAAGACAGCGGCAGAUCGAGUCUCUGAAGGCAGCUCAUACCACCCUUGCUGAAAUCCACAAGGAUGUUGAAUACAGAAUACCCUUUACUGUCAACAACACGACAAUUAACAUUAAUAUCUUACUCCCUCCACAGUUUCCUCAAGAUAAACCUUCUGUUAGUGUAUUCCCUCCAGUAAGGCAUCACUUGAUAGAUAGCUGCGGUGGAUCUAUGGUGAUCAGCCCUCUUAUAAACAAUUUCUCAAUGCACUCAGAUUUGGGCAAAAUAAUACAAAGUAUUCUGGAUGAGUUUUGGAAGAACCCCCCAGUUCUGGCAAAUGCAUCUCCUGGUUUACCUUUUGUGUAUAAUAAUCCAUCUGGAAUUCCUCCAUUCUCUUCACCUGGUUUUCAUUUUGUCCCAACAUUCCCCCUUCAAGACCUCUCCCGACCAGUUACGCCAGCAUCUGUACAAGUCCCAGCCCCAGACAGUGUUCCAUCACCAGCUAACACCAGCCGGUCAACUACUAGUAACCUCAUUACCGACACACUAUCUGUUCCAACUGCUGAUAUGCAGACUGGUCUAAAUGGAUAUGCAUACAAGAUGCCUGAAAUUCCUGACUCCUUCCCAGAUUUGUCAAAUCUGAGUUUAAAUCAAUUAAAAGAAAUGAGUGAUCAAGAAGAUAUUCUCCUUGAACAUUUUGUAAACCUGCCUCAACUAAAACAAAUUACUUCAGACAAAGAAGAAUUGGUCAACAGCAUUAUAGAUAUGGCAAAAAAGAAUUUACAACUUGAACCACAGCUUGAUGGGAGAAGGCAGGACAUUUUAUAUAAAUAUGAACAGUUAACCCAGAUGAAAUCUGGCUUUGAAAUGAAAAUGCAGAGACAACAUGAACUUAGUGAGAGUUGCAGUCUUAGUGCCCUGCAGGCCAGGCUAAAGGUAGCAGCUCAUGAAGCAGAAGAGGAAUCUGAGGAUAUUGCAGAAGGGUUUCUGGAGGGAAAAACUGAAAUUGAUGACUUCGUGACUAGCUUUAUGGAAAAAAGAACUCUUUGUCACUGUAGACGAGCAAAAGAAGAAAAGAUGCAGCAGUUAAUAAUGGCCCAUGAACAGUUCCACGCUCCAUUAUGAAAUGAACAUACCCAGGUUGUCAUUUCUUGCACUGCCACUGGAAUUUCCAACCAGAAGAGAAGCACACUUCCUGGACAGAGCUGAAGAUGUACCAUGUCUUUAUUUUCUAGUUUAGACAGAACUUUACUCAUCUUACAGUUGCAAUUUUGAGCAUUGUGGGCUAUGACCUCAAAAUUACUUGAAGUGGUAUUAUUUAAAUGGCCCUUAUAUUGGGGGAGUACUUUAUUUAAAAUAACGUUAAUAGACUUUAUUAUAAUCAAAGAUAUAAUGUAUUCUGUAUUAUCUAAUUUCUUAGAUAAUAAAAUAUUCAGAAACCA